AUGGCACAGAAAAAUGAAGCCAGCAGAUCGCCAACGGCAUCACAGCUGUCAUCUCACGGUCGUGGUGGCGCCGGCAACAUGCUCGACUCUUCUCGGUCACCGAAACUGAGUGCAUCGGACCUCGAGACGCCAGUGCUAAGGAAGCCAGUCGUCACCACAGGUCGCGGUGGCACAGGAAACAUGGCCAAAAAUGACGACCCCUGUGAGACUCGCCUGCGACAGGAUGUUGGAGCGGUUCCAAGACGAUUCAGUGCGGGUGCCCAGCACUCCGGUCGUGGUGGUGCAGGCAACGUUUUUCGUGAAAACGAAAGCGAGAGCGAGCUAGCUCGUAAAAUUAGCAGGGAACAAGCCGUGGCAGAUGAUGCUCCCAAACGCGACGCCGCUACGAGUCCGGAUCCCGAUACGACUUCCCAUAAACGCAAGAAUUGGCUAUUCGUGAAAAAGGCAUAG